AUGAUGGUUCCACCAAUGGGCGGUUCACUAGUCCAGGAUUACGCUACCGUAACUAGCUCAGUUGCUCCAUUCCACUGCCCCGUUGAAUCUUGGAAUCAGGUGCAUCUAGACACCAUCCCACUCCAAGAUCUCCAUCUGGAAUAUGUCCGAAACAAUAUCUCCCGCCGAGACAACAUCCUUGGCUCUCAAAUUCGAAUCCUCACCACUUUUGUCUAUCUCGAUCAUAUUUCUAUCACAACAACGUCUCAGAAAAGUUACGGCAAAAAAGUCUACUGUCGAUACUAUAAUUGUUUGAGGGAAGAGUUAGAAGGGUCGGAGUAUCUGUCAAUAUUCUUCCCGAUGAAUGUGAUAAGAUGUCCGAGGAGAGUUGGUGCAAAGUAUAUGUCUAUUAGUUUUGAUAUGCAAGGGGAGGAGCCACAAGAACCGAUUCCACUGGUUUAUAGGGUUUUUGAAACCCCAAUCCACGAGGUAUCGGUAUGUGUUGGCCCGAUAUAUGGUUCGGAAAGCAAGUGGCUUGAAGUUGCAGAGUUCAUAGAACACUAUAAACUAAUCGGCGUCAAACAUUUUUAUUUCACAAUAUUCAAUAUGAAUGAGUAUAGUAGAAAAAUAAUGGAUGAGUAUUUGAGAACCGGAGAGAUUGAACUAACUGAAUGCCACCAACGAGCCAAGCAUCAUUCAAAAUGGGUCAUCAAUGUGGAUAUUGAUGAGAGGCUAAUUAUUCUUGAGUAUGAAACAGUUGGAGAUUUGUUGAGAGGGUAUAAUGAUACAGUUGGUGAGGUGGCGUUUCCGAUAAGAAGGAUUCAGAAGACUGGGAGUUUGCCUGAGAGAUUUGAGAGUGAUGAGCAGAUAAUCUCUGAAAUGGAAUUCCUCAAAUACAACGUCUCCUCCCCCGUCACCUGGGGUGCAUACAAAUCCAUCUAUCGUCCGGAGAAGAUAGCAGCUAUGUACUAUCAUUUUUCCUAUCAGAAGUAUCCAGGAACAAUUGGAGUGUUUGUGAGAAACGGAGCUGCUCUAUUCAAACACUACCGUACCACCAAGGACAAUAUUCUGGGCUCCGGAUGGCUCGCUAUUCCGAAAUAUAGGAAUUUCUCAAUUGUCCCGGAAGAUUCGACAUUUGCUGAGAAACUUAAAGGUUGUCUCGCUAGCGAGAAUUCUGCAUUUUAUGCUUUGGAUACGAUACGAAUCAAAUUCAAUGCCUUGGACGACAUCAAAAAUCCUGCUCUACUCCACAAACCCCUGGCCAAAUGCAUCGAUAUUUUCAUCAGAAAGCAGAUUCAGGUGGCUAAAGGAGAUCUUGAAACCACUGGCUUUAGAUGCAAUGUGUUCAAGGAUGGAGCCCGAAGAGGGCUAGUGGGUAGAGCUGUUGAGAAGAAAGGAACCCGAUCUGCGGAGAAAAUGAAGGAAACGAUCCUAGUGUUCAAAGUGCAUGAAGACAAAUGGACCAUAAUCGUUUACGAUGCAGAGUGUGUAGGGGUAAAAUCGGGUGAAUAUAGUGAUGACCCAUGCCGUGGACCAAAACAGAUGCCAAACAUGAUCGUAGCCCACAUGUUCUGCAACGAAUGUCGUGGAAAAGCAGGGUGUCCAAACUGCAAACAACCAAUCAUAUUCAGUUAUAAGGAUGAUGAGGAGGAGGACAACCACCACUAA